CCGGCCGUACUUCCCGUCGGGGAGAGAGUGUAAUAUGGCGAAGACCUACGAUUACCUGUUCAAGCUGCUGCUGAUCGGGGACUCGGGGGUGGGGAAGACCUGUGUCCUGUUCCGCUUCUCCGAGGACGCCUUCAACUCCACGUUCAUCUCCACCAUAGGCAUUGACUUUAAAAUUAGGACCAUAGAGCUUGAUGGCAAGAGGAUUAAACUGCAGAUAUGGGACACAGCUGGCCAGGAGCGGUUUAGGACAAUCACGACAGCCUACUACAGAGGCGCCAUGGGUAUCAUGCUGGUCUAUGACAUUACCAACGAGAAGUCCUUCGACAACAUCCGGAAUUGGAUUCGGAACAUUGAAGAGCAUGCCUCUGCAGAUGUGGAGAAGAUGAUACUGGGGAAUAAGUGUGACGUGAACGACAAGAGACAGGUGUCCAAGGAGCGGGGAGAAAAGCUGGCACUCGACUAUGGGAUCAAGUUCAUGGAGACCAGUGCGAAGGCCAACAUCAAUGUGGAGAAUGCAUUUUUCACUCUCGCCAGGGAUAUCAAAGCAAAAAUGGACAAAAAAUUGGAAGGGAACAGUCCACAGGGGAGCAGCCACGGGGUCAAGAUCACGGUAGAGCAGCAGAAGAGGACCAGCUUCUUCCGGUGCAGCCUCCUGUGAGAACAAGGUCACCGCCCAUCCUGAGCCCCCCCUCCCCCGGCUCAGCCCGACUGACUGUGCCUGCCCCGGGUGAGCCUCCACCUCCGCUGCUCGGAUACGGCCGCCCGGACACAAUUGAGAAAUUGAUUAUUUUAGUAACCGUCUGAUCUUUUCCACCUUCAGAGAUGGAACGAGUUAGAAUUUUGCUGUUUUUCCUGUGUCAUCUGCCAGUCAGGCCUAUCCAUUCCUUGUCGUAUUGCCACAAAUGGAGAGAAGUGGGGUGGGGGCGUGGCAGCCACCAUCUCCAGCCUUCUGUCCCUUGUCCCUCCACCACAGAAGUGAAGCCGCCGCUGGCGGUGCCCAGCCUGCCUGGCCCCAUACCCUGAGCACCGCCACAAGGGCCACUGCAGGCCAAGCCUGACACCUGCCUUCACCUGUUCUCAGUUUUGGACAAGUGACAAAGAACCAUGUCCCCUGUCUCCUUACGUGUCAAACCAAAGGGAAGCACAAACUAAGGAAAAAUUCGUGUAGAGGAUUUGGAAGAAGUGGACGGCUCUCAUGGCCACAGCGGGAUGGGAGCCUGUGGUCCAGCCCUGAGGGGACACUGUACCCACAGCAAGUGAUCCUGGUAUCACCGCCACUCACCCACAACCACUGUCACCGGGCCACCUGCCUCAAUGGCACCAAAACCGCCUCCCCACUCUUCUCAUCCUCUGGCUGGCUCCAAUGGGACGUUCCUUUUCUAGCUGAGAUGAUUUUUUAUUUUUCCAGAUUCCUAACACCAUGAAAUGAUUCCGUCUUUGAUUUUCUAGCAGCAUACCCAGGCGAUCAGGAACCAGCGUGACUACCCUGGCCCCACGGGAGCACCUGGUCCCUGAGACCCAGACCGGCAUUCCAUGGCACAGUGCCACCCUGCAGUCUGGUGGUUGGCGCUGUCUUUACCCAGUUGUACUUUGACAGCUCUGUCCUCCAGAGAGACUGAUUGGGACCAGAUGCCCUGGCAGGAGGGGUGUUGCCUGGGAGCCCCUUCCUUUUUACUCUAACCCUUCCCCAAGCUGCUGUCAGUCCAAACUGUCAGCGUCAAAAUUUCCCCUUUUUUUGAAAUUAAAACCAACAUACCAGCAAUAGUCUCCCUCCCCUGAAGUCUCCAAUGUUUCCUGUUUACACUGACCAGUACACACCUGAAAACAGAUUAAAGUGCAUUUGAAAAGCA